AUGUCUCAACCUCCAAAAUAUGUCCUCGUAACUGGAGCCACCGGAUUCAUCGGUGCUCAUGUGGUCGAUCAGCUCCUUAGCCGGGGCAUCAAAGUCCGCGGCGCCACUCGGUCACUUGCGAAAGGCGAUGCUAUGAUUCAAUCCCGGUCACAGUUUGCAUCCUUGCUUGAUUUUGUCGAAAUCGAUGGCUUCGAGAAUCCUGGCCGUCUAGACGAGGCUGUCAAGGAUAUUGAUGCCGUGAUCCAUGUUGCUAGUCCGUUGACAUAUGAUACUAAAAACAACGAAAAAGAGCUAGUCAUCCCCGCUAUCAAUGGCGUGAAGGUCGUUCUGGAGGCGUCAGCUAAAAGCAAUGUCCGACGAGUCGUGCUAACUUCAUCGUUCGCGUCUGUCAUGGACGUCAACCGGAAAGCGCCACCAUACUUCACAUUCACGGGCGAGGAUUGGAACCCUCUGACAUACGAGGAGGCUGUGGCUCCAACGACACCGGCUCAUAUCGCCUAUCGUGGGGCCAAGAAAUUCGCCGAGAAAGCAGCAUGGGAUUUCCAGCGCGACCACAAGCCCGCGUUCGAUAUUGUAGCGCUGUGUCCAUCCAUGACAUUUGGACCCGUGGUACAUCCUGUCGCCAGCGCGGACAAGCUCAAUGAGACGAAUGCGAUGUUGUGGAAGGUAGCCCAAGGACAGCCACUGGCGACAGCACGCGUGCCAUUCUGGAUCGACGUUCGAGAUUUGGCAAUGGCGCAUGUGGAAGCGUUGGUGCGGCCAAAUGCCGGAGGCAAGCGCUUUAUCCCGGGGUCCCCGGAGAGAUUCUCGUACGACCUUGCCGCUAAAGUCAUUGAAGAGGAGUUUGAUUGGGCUAAGGGUAAAGUCAGGCGCGAGGAUCAGGCCAUCGAUGAAUCUCAUGGAAUAGAUAGUGAGAUCACGGCUCGUGAACUUGGGCUCAAGUACACAAGCUUUAGAGAUGCCGUCGUGGACCUGAUAUCACAGGUAUCCAAAAUGCCGACAACCUCAUAG